AGCCACCUGGCCAGCAACCGAUUCAACAAGCGCAAAAACUUCUGACGAAGCUGCAGCUUGUCAAGUUUUGAUCGCGCCCCGUCUGAAGCUGGAGCUAUCAAUUCCGCUUGUCCACAGUAUUCUGUAAACCGGUUCCCCCUCCUCGCGCAGCUGAUACAAGAAACUCUCUCUCCCCCGUCAUCCCAAAAUGCCGGGCAGUUAUCGUGAUGAUCCCCCCAGCGAUGACGAAGAUCAACGUUGGGCUGAGAGGUUCGAGGACGGUGAGAGGCGCAUACGUCGCGUCUGGGAUGGGUUUUUGGAUUUUGCGCUCCAGGGAAACAUUCUCGAGAUCGCUUUUGGUUUGAUACUUGCCGCCGCAUUCACCAGCAUCAUCAACUCUCUUGUUUCUGAUAUUCUGCUCCCUCCCCUGAGUGUCCUCUUUCCUCUGAACAAAAACCUCGACGAGAAAUUUGCUGUGCUCAAGCCAGGCCCAAACUUCGAUCCCGCGAAUGGUGGCUAUCCGACUAUCCAGUUGGCACAAGAAGACAGUGCCGUGGUCAUGGCAUGGGGAUCGUUUGUCAACAAGGUCCUGAACUUUCUUGGUCUUGGCGUCAGUCUGUAUGCACUUGCAGGCCUUUACCAGUACUUCUCCAACGACCCCAUAAUCAAGCAUCUGAAAAAGUGCCAAUACUGCAAGAAGAUUCCAAACAGGCGAAGCGCUGCGUCAACUGUACAAGCUGGCUUGAUGGAACUGAGGAUCGACGCCACUAGUGUUCUGCUGCCAGUGUAA